UCCAAUGGACUUCGCCUGAAAUCCACGAUUUUGCCGUGCUUCCCUCUGCUCAUCCGCUCCCCUGCCUGCUUCGCGCACCGUCUGACGGUGGCCGUCGUGGCUGCGGACGCUGCGCGCCGCACCGCCUCUCCCCAUCCACCACCCACUGCCUUCGCGCGAUUGCGCCGCUUGCAGCUCCGGGCCGCCGCGCGCACGCGAGCCCGCGGCCGCCGCCUCGAUGCCGCUGCCGGGGUGGAACCCGCUGGCGCCCGUCCUCCAGACCGUCGCCGCCUUCUCCCGCCAUCUCCUCAUCGCCCCGGACGCUGGCCCUGACGACCACCGCCUCCGCCCGCUCCUCUCCCUCUCCCCGCCGCCGCCCCCAUCGCCGCCGCCGGAGAUAGUGACGGAGAAGGAUGCCAAGGCGGCGCCGCUGACGAAGGAGGAGGUCGGGCGGGCCACGUGGAUGCUGCUCCACACCAUUGCAGCGCAGUUCCCUGAUGAACCAACGAGGCAGCAAAAACGAGAUGCGAAGGAGCUGAUGCAUAUAAUCUCGAGAAUAUAUCCUUGCAAAGAAUGUGCUGAUCACUUCAAGGAAGUUUUGAAAGCAAACCCUGUUCAGGCAGGAUCUCAGGCUGAAUUCUCCCAGUGGUUAUGUUAUGUGCACAACGUGGUUAAUCGGAGAAUCAUAGGAAAAAUAAGGUCUCAGGGCCAAAUGGAGGAAAAUUGAUGCAUUAUACCUAUUUGGCACACUUUUUUCUCCAACCAUGAGGGCCUUGGAAAACCAAUAUUUCCCUGCCAAAGAGUAACUGCACGAUGGGGUAAGCUGGAUUGUCCUGAACGCUCGUGUGACCUAGAAGGCACCAACGACAUCAUGCCAAAUCGAUGACGCAAAAAGAAAUUCUCUGGAAUCUAUACUUUGAUGAGGAUUCUUAAACAAACUAAUGUAUGAGCACUACUACCAAAUCGAUGACGCAAAAAGAAAUUAUCUGGAAUCUAUACUUUGAUGAGGAUUCUUAAACAAACUAAUGUAUGAGCACUACUACCAGGGAGACGAGGAAAUAGAAUUCAGGGCGCCAUGCCGAGUUGCCGACAUUACAGAGCGUCUACCUGAAUUUUUGUAUCCUUGGCGGUGUGUAUUAGAGUACGUUGGAUAUGAAUCAGGCGAUAUUUGUACUUCGUACAGUUUUGCCAUGUUAACAGUAAUCAAAUUUUGCUUUGAGCUA